GUUGUGUUGUGACUGUCCGCUACUCGACCUGUUUGUUGCUCCUUCCAAAAUUCACAAUUUUUAAAAACUAAAACACACUUUCUCGAUCGCAACGUAACUACUGUUGUAUCCUCAAUGGGUCUUCUCUCUCUUUUGCGCAAGUUGCGGUCCGCGCCGGAAAAAGAGCUACGCAUACUAUUGCUCGGACUGGACAAUGCCGGCAAGACGACACUACUGAAACAGCUCGCAUCCGAGGAAGUCACACAAGUGACUCCGACAGCAGGAUUCAACAUCAAAUCCGUUGUGUCGGACGGCUUCAAGCUGAACGUCUGGGAUAUUGGCGGGCAGAGCAAAAUACGUCCUUAUUGGAAAAACUACUUCGAAAACACCGACGUGCUAAUUUAUGUCAUUGACUCAAGCGACAAGAAAAGGUUGGAAGAAACCGGUGACGAGCUUACCGAAUUGCUCUUGGAUGACAAACUCAAAUCAGUCCCGUUGCUAGUGUUUGCCAACAAGCAGGACGUUGUUGGUGCCCUAAAGGCUUCCGAGAUUGCAGAAUGCUUAAAGCUGGUAAAACUGAUGGAUCGUACAUGGCAAAUACAGGGAUGUUCAGCUCUGCAAGGCACAGGAGUGAAGAUGCCUCUUUCAAGACGGUGUAGAAAUAUUCUUCAUGCGCGAGUUCUUUGGUAUGACGCACAAGCGCUCGGCUCGAAAUCCGACACAAAACUGAAUGGAGUAAAGAAUAUCCACGUACCUCGUGAAGAUCGUCCGCAGUCAUGAAGCAACAGCAGCUCGGCAACCCCUUUCUCCAGCCGCUACCAGGGCACGAGUGAACGAGACAGCUAUGGUGGACAAAGGCAAAAAAGCAAACGUAAUUGUCGAGUUGCGAUCGCGAAGGAGAAAAGGUAAAGGUGCUUGAGAAGAUGGGACGUAAGGAAACGCUUAAAGAUGGAAAGGAAAGAAAUAACGUAAAAAGUCAACCUAAACAUGAGAAAGCACGGCACGAUGGGCAUCGAAACGAAACGGAGCGAAGCACUAGAACAGGUUGUAUGUGUGUGCAGCAGCCAGCGAAGAAGUCAGCGAGCCAGCAACGUACCUAGGAGCGUGAUCGUAUGUAGC